AUGUUCGAAUUUCAGGAUUACCUGCGCAGAUCACAUGAUGCAUCAUUUACUUUAUUUCAUAUUGGGCAGCGAGCUUCACCAGGCGUAAAACAAUUUGCUGAAUCUGGUAAAAUUGAUGUACUUGAAAAUCAACAACAAUGGGUUGAUGUACAACAAAAACAACAACAACAGCAGCAGCAACAACAAUCAAAAUUUUCAUCAUUAUCAGAAAAUAAUUAUAUUUCUGGUAUAGGAUCAAAUCAAUCAAUAUCACCAAGCAUUGCGAUAGUAAAUAAUAUAUCUGCAUCAACAUCAUCAUCAUCAUCAUUUUCGUAUUUAUAUAAUAAUAAUAACAAUAACAAUUACAAUAAUAGUCGUUUUGUGUCCUCAUCACAAUUCCAAGCAAUGCCAUCAUUAUUAUCAUCAUCUUCAUCAUCAUUAUCAUCAUCAUCAUCAUCGACAAAAAAUUUAAAAUCAACGAAACAUGCUGAGAACAGUAUUUUUGAUAAGUUUGAUAUACCAGCAAUCACAACGGGUGGUGGAAGAAAUGAAGCGAAAUUUUUUGUUGAUGGUAAUCACAGUUUAGUUUCGUUAAUGACACGAAUUGUACCAUCCCCUGAUUGGUUUAUAGGAGUUGAUUCACUCCAGCUUUGUGUCGGUGGUUCGUGGUUGGAUACUGUUACUGUUGAAAUGGAUCCAUUAGAUGCUGGAACUGAUAAUGGUUUUACGUUUACUGCACCAAAUUGGCCAACAGAACCGCAAGGUGUUAUUUAUAGAAUAACAUCCAGAUAUCCUGCUCAUCCAGCUGGGAGUUUUUUUUAUCCAAAAAGUAAAAGGUUGCCACCGAUUGCAACAUUUCAAUUCAUAAAGUUAAAAGAAUAUGAACUAAGUGAAGUGUUCAAUUUUGAAGAGGAUGAGCGUAAAUACGAAUUAGUUAAAACACGAACCCAUCUAGAAGUUGAACAUAAUCACGUGGAAAUGAAUAAUGAAUUAUCGGCGAGCAUUGAAAAGGAACGACAAAGUGAAGUAACUGUUAUACCAAUUGCUAAUACUGAAAAAGAAAGAGUACGUGCAAAACUAUUAGAGAAAAUGAACCCAUCAUUAAAUAAUAGUAUAUUUGAUUAUCAAACAUAUUCAUCACAAUCUUCAAUAUCAUCUUCACCAAAUAUUAUUGCAAAAGAUGAUAAAAAUGCUCUUAUUAAAAAUAUUGUUAAAAAUUAUGAUUAUGAACCAUAUGAAUACUCUAAAUCAAUAUCAAAAUCCGUAUUAAAUCAUAAAUCAUAUAAAAAACGUUUUAAAUCAAAAGAUUGCCGUGUAUCACAUUGGAGUGUGUGGAGUGCAUGUAGUAAAACAUGUGGUAUUGGUGAAAUGCAUCGGCAUAGAAGAAUAAUAAAGCAUGGUAAACGUGGUGGUAGAAAAUGUCCACCAUUACAGGAAUCAAAAUGGUGUGGUACAGCCAGAGGAUGUCAUUCAUCGCCUUUAACACAAUUUGAUUGGUCGAAUACAUGAACUUUAAUGAAGUAAAUAGGUUUUAAGAAAAUUAAAUAUUUAAAGACAAAGUAAUAAUGAUGUUUGAAAUAUUUUAACACAAUCAAGCUCUCAGUUAUUUUUUGUAUUAAAAAUUAAGAAAAAAAAAAUAUAAUUAAAAUUUAAAAAAAAUUAAAAAAAAAAAAAUACUUAUAACAAUUUUAAAUUUUUUUUGUUCAUUAACCUACUAAUUUUUAUUUAAUAUAAUAAAGCUAUAUCGCUAUGUAUAUAACCCACAAAUUGUAAUUAAUUCCGAAUCUAAUUCUUACACUACUUCAACAUUUUGUUUUAUAGGACAUGCUGAAUGUAAAAUUUAUAUUCUGUUACAUUUUUCAAUAUUUCUGUAAUUUCUUUGGAAAUUAUCAAGUUAUCAUAUUUUCAACGUUCUAUAUCCAAAGAUCUUAUUCAAAUAAUUAGAUUGUAACAAGUUUCAGUCGCUCUUCAUUAACAUUAUUGCGACAAAUGAAGGCAGUAUUUCUCACUUUCAACUCUAUAACAAUAGAGUGUUAUUAAAAAGAAGACCCCGUGAAAUAUGAGUUAAAUUCUUAAUUU